AGCAAGUGUUCCACAUUCCCAGUGUGCUGAAGGUCUGGAAGCAAGGGAGAGCCACCAGCCCUGCUUUGAGUGAGUUUCUUUACCAGUGAGAGAUAUAUUCAUAAAUAUCUAGAUAUUUAUUUUGAAAAAGGAUUGGGGAAAGAAAAAAAAGAAAAAAAGAAAGAAGAGGAGUGGUUACUCUUCACCAUGGGUUUGCCUUUCGAUCAAGCAGAAGAACUGCGCCUCUACCAACAAACUCUCCUCCAGGAUGGACUCAAAGACAUGUUGGACCACAAUAAGUUCCUGGAUUGUGUCUUGAAAGUCAAGGGGAAGGAGUUUCCCUGCCACAGGCUGGUGCUGGCAGCUUGCAGCCCCUAUUUUCGAGCCAUGUUCCUCUCAGACAUGGAAGAGAGCAAGAAGAGGGAGGUCAGUUUGGAAGACGUUGACCCAGACGUCAUGGGCAAGAUCCUCCAUUAUAUCUACACCUCCGAGCUGGAGAUCACAGAGCAGAACGUGCAGGACAUCUUCUCCGUGGCCAACAUGUUCCAGAUCCCUUCCAUCUUCACUGUCUGUGUGUCCUUCUUGCAGAAGAGGCUCUGUCUCAGCAACUGCCUGGCUAUCUUCAGGCUGGGCUUGAUGCUGGAUUGUGCCCGGCUGGCGGUGGCCGCUCGGGAUUUCAUCUGCGACCGCUUCGCUUUGGUUUCCCGGGAUGAGGAAUUCUACCAGCUCUCCCCCGACGAGCUGAUUGCAAUCAUCUCCAGUGACUCCCUCAACGUGGAGAAGGAGGAGACAGUCUUCGAAGUGGUGAUGAGAUGGGUGGGGACCAAGGACCAUGACAGCCGGCAGAAGGCCCUGCCUGUCAUCUUCGAAAGCAUCCGCUUCCGCCUGAUGCCCAACGACUACCUCAAGGACCAAGUGGAGAAGCACUCCAUGAUCAAGUCCAGCCCAGAGCUGCUAAAGAAACUGCAGAUGGUGAAGGAUGCUCAGAAAGGUAAAAUCACCGUGGUGAAGAAGAAGAAGGUGAAGAAAAGCAGCGAAAAGCAAGGGAACGACAACGUUGUCAAUGGAGCAGUGGAUGAGGAGGAAGAUGCAGAGGAGGAUGCUCUCCCGGGGAUCUUAAAUGACACAAUGCGCUUUGGGAUGUUCCUCCAGGACCUUAUUUUCAUGGUGAGUGAGAGUGGAGCAGUGGCCUAUGAUCCCACUGCCAACGAGUGCUAUUUUGCCUCCCUGUCUGCCCAAAUCCCGAAGAACCACGUCAGUCUGGUGACCAAAGAGAAUCAGAUCUUCAUUGUUGGAGGACUGUACUACAACGAGGACAGCAAGGAGGAUCCCAUGAGUUCCUACUUCCUCCAGUACGACCAUCUGGAUGCAGACUGGCUGGGGAUGCCCCCCCUGCCUUCCCCUCGCUGCCUCUUUGGCUUGGGAGAGGCUUUCAACUCAGAGUUGAAAGAAGGAGAGAAGACCCUGGACUCGGUCCUGUGCUACGACCGCCUGUCCUUCAAGUGGGGUGAAGCUGAUUCCCUUCCCUAUGCAGUCUAUGGCCAUGGGGUGGUGUCACACAAGGAACUUGUCUACGUCAUUGGUGGCAAAGGAAGUGACAAGAAGUGCCUGAAGAAGAUGUGUGUCUACAACCCAUCCAAGUUUGAGUGGAAGGAGCUGGCUCCCAUGAAAACUGCCCGCUCCUUGUUUGGAGCCACCGUGCACAAGGACAAAAUCUACGUAGCAGCCGGCGUGACCGACUCCGGCUUGACCAACACGGUGGAAGUCUAUGACAUUGCCACCAACAAGUGGGACACCUUCACUGAGUUCCCCCAGGAGCGCAGCUCGGUCAGCCUGGUGAGCUUGGCUGGGGUGCUCUACCUGCUCGGAGGCUUUGCCACGGUAGAGACAGAGUCAGGAGAGCUGGUGCCAACAGAGCUGAACGACGUUUGGAGGUAUGAUGAAGAGCAGAAGAAAUGGGAAGGUGUUCUCAGGGAGAUCCAAUACGCCUCUGGUGCCACUUUCCUUCCCGUGCGCCUCAACGUUUUGCGCCUGACGAAGAUGUAGCCAAGAGUGAUUGAUUUAUUUAAUUUUUUUUUUCCAUGGGGUUCUGGGGCAAGGAGGGAUGGGAAGGGAAUCCAUGUUGAUCAGCAGAGAGAUGUGGCAUCUGCAGACUGUGUAGGACAUUGCAUCUAUGAUUGGGAUUUACUCAGGCAAAUAGGAAAAGGGGGAAACGGUCUGGAAGCCCAAUGGGAACUUGAAGAUGUUGACAAGAGAGUUGGAGAAGGGAUCUGGAGAAGCCCUGAGAAAACUGAGAAGACUGGUGAGCUGGUGAGCAAUGAGCUGUUCCAGGCUCAGUAGACAGAACAAAAAGAUCACACCCAUGUUCCACUUCUUUCUCUCUUUUUUCCCAUCUUCUCAACUGUUGUUAAACCUCUCCAGCCAAUGGUGAAGGUAGAAGGUGGGUUCCAAGGGAUGUUUCCCAGGGAGGAGGGUCUACAAAGUAUUUCCCCAACUAGGAUCUUUGUGGGCAUGGUUCUGGAGACUACCUUGGAGAGAAGGAAGGAUCAAAGUCAAGUAGUAAAGGAGAGCCCUGGGGGACUUUGAGGAGUUCCCAAGUGAUGGGGGCUGUUGGGAUGUGACAGGAAAAAAAAAAAAAAAAGAGAAUGCAGGCAGCAGAAAAGCUUUGGAAGUUGCAAUGGACAGAAAAUAGUCUUGGUUCUUUGCCUCCACCUUGACUUUGGCCUAAGGAGAAGCCAGGAGCUACAGGAAGGCAAGAGUCAUGUGAGGAGAUGGGUAGGAAAGGGGGGAAGAGAUGGGCACUGGGGGCAUCUGUAUUCAUCUUUUGGGCUCCUCAGGUUCAAUCACAGAUGAUUAUGUCCUCACUUGUCAUUGGACAAGUGCUGUUUUUAAGGGAAAGGUUUUAUAUUUAUGGUUUUUUCUCUUAUUUUUAAUGUUCCGAGGGUUUUUUUUAUUUUUUUCUUUUUAAAGAGUAUUCUAGUUUGCUAAGCACACAGAGAUUUCAGAUGUGGUUGGCUCCAAGAGAGCUUCCCACUGAGGAAAAAUAUAAUUUGUUUUGUGGGCUGGUUUUUUGUUUUUUUUUUUUUAAGUUAUCCAUAAUGAUGUUUUGAUAGAAACACAACUGUACUGGCAGCAAGGCAGAGAGCUGCUAGAGCAAAAGUCCCCUGAUGCCCACACCAUCUGACCAGUGGUUAAUUUGAAAAUAAACCAUUAGGCUACUUCAAAAGAAA